UCCACCUCCUCCCCGCGUCAGCCGCGAGGCGCCGUCGGGCCUGCGCCCGCUCAGUCGAUGCCCGCGGGGCGCACAAGUGGGCAGCGUGGGCGCAGCCGUGGAGCGCGGACCCCCUGCCUCGGCCCACCCAGCACUGCGCGGUCCCGCCAUCGGUGGACCCAUUUCUACUGGCCUCACCAGCCUUCGCAGCUGUCCCCAUCUUCCCCCUGGAGGCAACCUACGCACGAGGGCAUCUGGAGUGAGGUCACUGCCACCUUGAUUUUUAUCUUAGAAGAGUCUCAGUUCUGCUUAAGAGGCUGUGUGACAGAGUGACUCCUAGGAAGAGAGACUAUUAGCAAUAAGAUGGCGGAGAAGUCUCAAGGAGACCAGGAAAAGAGCAGGAGAGACAUCCUGAGGUCCACCAAGAGGACAUGGGCUCCCCUGGAUGAGCAGCCGCUCCCUGGCUCUGAGGAGGAGAGCCGCAGUCUCACCUCCCCCAUGCUGGUAGAAGAUUCCAAACAAGAAAGUAUUCAGCACUGGCUGGACUCUGGAUUCUUUGUCUCUGUAAAUGAAAACCUUCAGCCAGCCAUCGACCACAUUGUUCCUUUUCAUGAACAAGGAAUGGUUCAAAUGACUGUGAAAGACUACACGAGAUCUCUGCAUCAGUGUUUAGAAACUCCCACUCUCUCCAGAGGGACCAGUUUCAACUCUGGCCAUUCUGCUGCAAGUAUACCACAAAGCAUUCCUGAAUGGCUGGAAUUUUGGGAAAAAGACCCAGUGGAGAUUCUCUUGGAUCUGGGGUUUGGUGCUGACGAGCCAGACAUCUACACACGAAUCCCAGCCAGAUUCCUGGGUUGUGACUCAGCAGCCAGAGGAAUCAACAUCCGUGUUUUCCUCGAAGCUCAAAAGCAGCGAAUGGACAUUGAGAACCCUGACUCGUGCAGCUGUUUCUAACAGCUGGAAAUAUUGGAUCAUGUGGCCAGUGCUUUCUCAUCUUUGCUGAAUUAUGUCAACAUCCUGCAGAACAAAGCUAAAGAGGAAGAUGAAGGGAAAAGUGUGCAAAGAACCUCAGUGAGUGAAGCCAAAGAGCAUCGAAGAAGAAUGGGUGAACUUUUUAGGAUAGGUUCAAAGCAGAACACUAGAAGGGAUUAUAGCCUGGGAACAUCACAGUCACUGAAGAUGAGAAACAAAUUUUCCAUCGUCUCUGCAGAAGCAGGGUAUGGAGCAGUUGCCAUGACAAACAAACACGACCAAAGUCAUUUGUCUCUUUCAGCAGAGCACUGGUCUCUUCAGGCCUGUGAUGACUUGACAGCUUGUGAUCCUCCCCAAGCUCUUCUGAGCAAGCAGUGUCCUCACUCAUCCAUGCUGGCCAAGCAGGCUCCUCCUUCCUGUGUGUCUGAGGGGUUAGUCAAGGACAGAACUCAAAAGGAGAACUCACUUCAGACUAACAAACUCAAGAGCUUGUCUUGUCUUGCAGGCAAAGCACCAGACUCCUUCGAAAUGGAAGAGGUCCAGAGCUUUGAAGAAGAGGCUGGUAAUCCUCUUGACAUGACCUCAGGAACUGUAGGUAAGAAUUCAUCAAGGUGUACAAUUUCAUCAAUGGUCUUUCACAAAGAAAAUGUCAAUAACUAUGUGGUGAUGCACAUCACAGAAGUGAAGGAUGGGUUCCUGAGGCCUGAGCGAGCUGGGGCAGUAUAGUACUGUGAGUCUCAGAGAUCACCUGGAAUUGAUCGUGCUCAAGACAAGUCCUUUCAUGUUGACUCGGAGGCCACAAGAGGAACAGAAGGCGCUGCUCAGAGUGCUGUGGUCUUGGGAAUGGAUUCUAGAGAAGCAACUUCAGAAUGCACUACGUGUGACCCUGUUACCACAGCAGAACCAGGACUGGGAACAGAAGCAAGACAGCUCAAUGAUGUUUCUGUUCAGACUUCAGCUCCAAGUAACAAGGCCCAGCCCCUCACCAAAUCUGUCUCUGCAGACACUUUCCCUGGUAUCUACCCAGGGGGCCCCUGCCAAGCUGUGCCUGCCCACUGUGGUGUCUGCUGUCACCACCAUCUCCCCUGACACGGGGCGAGGCAAAGCCCCAGCUUUGUGUCUUCAGCCUGUAGGCCCUGUUCGUACUCACAUAACCAUCUGGAAGCCCAGUUCAGGAAGGCUUUGAAAGUCCUUCAGGACACCACAGUGAGGGAGCUGUAUUCUUGCACAGUCCCUGAGAUGGAAACAAUGAGGACGGUCUGCCAGAGUUUCCGGAAGCAUUUAGAAGAAAUUGAGCAGCACCUUAGAAAACAACAGGCACUCUUUUCCAGGAGCAUGUCAGAGGAGAAAAGGGAGGAGGCUGAACAACUGCAAACUUUACUGGAAGCCCUGCAGCAGUAGUUGGAGGAGCUAGAGUUUCAACUGGGAGACCAGGCUCAGCAAAUUCAAGAAGGGAUGCUGUCGUAGCUUGAGCUUCUCACAGGGAAACCACCUGAACACUUGCAUCAGUAUAAGUGGACCGAAGAAAAAAAUGGCCAGACUUCAUGUGCUAAGAUCCACCCCUCCAUGGCCCCUGGAGCUGCCUUUCCUCCCAGUGAUGGCCAGCGGGCUCCAUGCUGCAGUGUGACCCAUUUAGCUGCCUUUCCUCCAUCCACCUUCGGGAGAAGCACCAGGAUGUCUCCUCCAGCUUGGGCAGAAUCAGAUCCAGCCUCUCUGUCAAACUGUCCUGUUGGAGAAAAGGAUACAGAUGUCUUCCUCUAG